CUGUGUUUAACACUUGAAAUACAGUAUGUUGCUGUCUAGGACUUUUGGUGUAUUUUUCACAUUGUAUUUCCUAUCAACUAAAUCAGGGAUGGGCAACUGGAGGCCCCGGGGCCGCAUACGGCCCGCACCCUCACUUGAAGUGGCCCUCAGUACAACUACAUGCAUUUGAGCAUUAAAAUGCACAAAAUUACUUCUUGCAAUUAAUGUUGGUCUGCUGUUCUUGCACUGAAAAAAAGAAGAAAUCACAGCAGCUGACAAAAAGGACGAUGGAUGAAUAGUGCGAAGGAGGAUGAAAUGCAGCAAAACUCUCAGGUUGAAGUACAUGCCAGUCAACUCCUUCUGGAGAUGGUGACAGCUGAAACUAGGAGGAAUAAUAGACUGAUGUACUGGAAAACACACUGAAGAGCCUAUUGAAGUCGGCUUUCAAAAGGGUUGUCCGAUAUUUUGCUAAAAAAAAAAAAAAAAAGCAUCAAUGGAGAAAAUGGAAAGACCAUGACUGACUGAAUGAAUGAAUACAAAUGGAAGUGCUCAAAAUAAAAGUUAAAUGGCACUAAGCAAGCAAUUGAGAAUCGCGUCUCUCGUUGGUAUUUUGGCGGAGUUUCUGCCAGCGCGGCGGCCUGUUUAACACACCCUCUGGAUUUAAUUAAGGUGCACUUACAGACGCAGCAGGAGGUGAGGGAGAGGAUGAUUGGCAUGGCUGCCAACGUGGUGAGGAGAGAAGGUUACCUGGCUCUCUACACUGGCCUCAGUGCGUCCAUCUGCCGGCAGAUGACAUAUUCUUUGUCACGAUUUGCCAUUUAUGAAACUGUCAGAGACGAGAUGAACAGGAAGCACAACGGUCUCAUGCCUUUCUACCAGAAAGUCUUACUGGGUGCAUUUGGAGGGUUUGUAGGUGGUUUCAUUGGGACACCAGCUGACCUGGUGAAUGUCCGGAUGCAGAAUGACGUCAAACUGCAAGUAGAGCUCAGGAGAAAUUAUGCUCACGCACUAGACGGACUCUUACGUGUUUGGAAGGAGGAGGGAAUGAGGAAACUGUUCUCCGGUGCUUCAGUGGCUUCUAGUAGAGGUGCACUGGUCUCCGUCGGACAGCUGUCCUGUUACGACCAGUCCAAGCAGUUGGUUCUGGCCACUGGUUACCUGACUGACAGCAUCCUCACCCACUUCCUGGCCAGUGUGUUUGCAGGAGGCUGUGCCACAAUCCUGUGCCAACCACUUGAUGUUGUUAAAACAAGAUUAAUGAACUCAAAACUGGAAUAUGGGGGUGUUUUCCACUGUCUUAGAGAAAUGGCAAGACUGGGCCCGGAGGCAUUUUACAAGGGCCUUGUUCCUGCAGCUAUUCGUCUCAUUCCUCACACAGUCUUCACCUUCAUAUUCCUCGAGCAACUGAGGCAACAUUUCGGCACAGUGGUAGUCACCUGAGACUGAAAAAGUGGAACUUCAAGGGUUCCAUAAAGUUUAACUAGUUCUCCAUCUUGGACAGCAGCAUCAUGAAUCCUAUUUUUACAAAAUCAGCUCAGCAGGAGGCCGCUAGUUACCACUAACAACAAGAACCAAGAGGAAGUAAGCCACAAUGCACGUCUAAAAAACCCCCAAAUAGUUUCAUGCAACAUUAUUUCUGAAGCGGGGUGUAUGAGGUACUUAUCCGCAGUCAGUGUAUUACAUAAGGUAGAUGGUGGUUAGCACUAGAUUGCUUAGUUUCUGUGUCUGUAGUAAAGAAAGUGAAAAAAUCAGUUUAAUUUAUACUAUAUUUAAAAAUUUUUCAUUUCACCUUGUCAUCAGACAGCUCUUUCUGAUGGGAAACUGAAGCCAUUAUGUCCAUCUAUACACUAGCUACCAGACUCCACUUAAAAAACAGUAAUUUUUUACCAUGCAAAAGAUGAAAGUUGCUGGUCUACUGCUGCCCCCAAAAGAAGCAACAAAAGAGCUGAUUUGGAUAAAUAUGAUUUGGAUAAAUAUUUCCCAAUUCACAUAAAGGAAUGGUUUGGGUUUUUGAAGUGGAGUUUUAUGAGGCACUUAUCCACAGUCAGUGUGUUACCCACAGUGGAUGAUGGUCAGCACGCCUCCAGUUUGGAGUUAAGCAUGCAGUGCUGUGGAGGAAGGCAGCAGAAAAAUGUUUUUUAGCCACCUAAAAAAAUGAUCAGUUUAAGUUUUAUACUAUAUUUAAAAUAU